CUUUGUAAUUUACGCUUCGGCUAUUGCGAAAGCUUGCCUAAAAGUACAAUCGCAUUUCUAUUUUUCUUUUCAAGAAUAAAAUUUUAUUAACACCUACCGUAUAUGUUUAACAUACUUACCAUAAAUACUAAUAAUUCAAUAUAUAUUUAGAAUAAAUAUAAGAUACCAAAAAUAAACAGUAAAUUAAAUGUAAAAUUAAAACAAAUUUUUUUUACCAAAUUCUCACAACUAAAAUUAACGUCACCCAUUUAUGUAAAUUACAGAUAUUCUCAUGCUUGUCUUGUGGUCGGCGAACCCAUCAAGCAUCCGAGUGCUAACAUUAUUGGCUGCGGAAAGGCGGCUGGAUCACUGCGACGGAACCUUUACGAGUAUAACUGGCCACUUCUUAAUUGGGAGACCACUUACGUCUAUUCCAACGAAGCUCAUCACUGCUACUAGACCAAACAGAUACGAGCUCAUUGAGAAAAUAAGGCAGCACUUCUGGGAGCGAUGGCGCCGGGAGUACAUCUCCGAGUUGCAGCAGCGCACUAAAUGGCGCAUCGGGCAACAAGGACUCUCCUGCGGGGACGUGGUGGUACUAAAGGAAGAGAACUUACCGCCAUUACAAUGGCGGAUGGGGCGCGUGUGCCGCCUCUACCCAGGGGCUGAUGGCGUCAGUAGGGUGGCUGACGUCACUACUUCGAGGGGCAUUAUACGAAGGGCUAUAAAUAAACUAUGUCUUCUCCCCACUUCAGAAUCUAAAGAUGACAACGAACCAGAGAGAGCCGUGUCGUCGACCUCUUCUACUUCUUGAAAGCUAAGGCUUUCAACGUGCCGGAGGAUGUUCACGCAUCGAGCGCGUGAACAGCGGUGGCGGGAGGCGCGGCGAGCGGGGGAAAUGCACGGGAAGAUCGAGCUGGCCGCCGCGACGCCCGCGCAUUGAGCCGGCAGAAUUAGUUGCACAUCGUCGUAUAUAUUUUUUACACGU